GAGCAAAUCCAGCAGAAGCGGAUAGGCCCGUAAAUCUCUCGAGGAGAGGAUAACGCACACUCAUCCAGAGAGAGCUUCAUCACACACAACAAUGUCGAUUUCUGUAAGACUACCAUCUUCAAUCUCCUUCCUUUCAUCCUCCAUUUUCUCCCUUUCUUCUAAUCAAACCCCCUCCACCUCUCUUUUCAUCAAACCCCCAAAACCCCAUUUUCCCAAAUGCACCACCGCCGUAGUCCGCUCCCAGCUAGCCACACUCCCAGUACUCUCCUUCGACGGCACCAAGGUCGGAGAAACCACCCUUAACCUCAAAUCCGCCAACCCAGACACCGCCCGCGCCGUUGUCCACCGUGGUAUCACCACUGACCUAAACAACAAACGUCGUGGUACCGCUUCCACUCUUACCAGAGCCGAGGUCCGAGGAGGUGGUAAAAAACCCUUCCCCCAGAAGAAACUCGGCCGUGCCCGCCGUGGGUCUCAACGUACUCCGCUUCGUCCCGGCGGAGGAGUCGUUUUCGGCCCUAAACCCCGUGAUUGGUCCGUGAAGAUCAACAAGAAGGAGAAACGGCUUGCGAUUUCAACGGCUUUGGCGAGCGCCGCUGUGAAUGGGAUUGUGGUUGAAGAAUUUGGGGAUAAAUUUCAGAAACCCAAAACUAAAGAUUUCCUUGAAGCCUUGAAGAGAUGGGGAAUCGACCCCAAGGAGAAAUCUAUGUUUUUCAUGACAGAGAUUUCAGACAAUGUUGCUCUUUCCAGUAGGAACAUUGGAACUCUGAGGAUGUUGACGCCCAGAACACUAAAUUUGUUCGACAUUCUGAAUGCUGAUAAAUUGGUUUUCACUAAAGCUGCAUUAGACUACUUGAACGAUGCUUAUGGAUACGAGGAAUAUGAAGAUGAAGAAGAUUUCGAAGAAGUAGCUGAUGAAGGGACUGAGGCAGAGGAGGGAAUAUAUAAGAUUGAAGCGGAUUUUGAUGCAAUUUGGUGUUGUAUCUUUCUUGUGAUUUAUUAUAUUUUCACCAGGCUAUAA